UUGGAAUGGUUGUCCGAGAAAAAAUUGAUUAUAAAAAAGAUGGCUAGUUUUUAGAGCAUUUCUUUCAUUCUCUCUUUGGCCAAUGGCUAGCUUAGCUAGGAGAGAAGAUAUAAUGCUUAUAAAUAAAAAGUAGCCAAACCUUUUUCUUCUUUUUUGCCUGAUUUACCCCUCCAUAUAUUUUACUCGGCACUACCACCGACUUGUUUUAAAAGAAUGGCGUCGACCGUUGAAUGGCGGACGUCGGGCACGAAAAAAAGAGGAAGGGGGUUUAAGUCUAGUAGAUGCUUCUUUUCUUUUAGUAUAUCCACCCCUUCCCUCCACCCGCUGUUCGCUUUCUUUUCGAACCUUUUCAUCCCCAAUUACAACCAGCAGCCGUUGCCUAUACUUUGCCGACCAUUCGAAGAUUUUCUUCUCAUCUGUCCAUUUCUUUCUUUCCUUUUUUCACUCAUUCAAUGUGGCGGCUAUUUCAUGGCCGUCCAGCGUCUCUCCGUGUUAGUGCCCGCCUAAUACUUGUUUUGUUGUCCAUUUUUAGAAAGCUUUUUAUAUUUUUAGAAUUUUUUAUAGAGACACUUGUUUUGACAAAUUUUGAAUUUAUUUACAUACAUUAGCUUCUCAAUUUUUUAUUAGGAGAGAGAAUUUUAAAGAUCAUCUCUUUCUAACUUCGAAUUAAACUUUCUUAGUGUCUCCGCCUACCUCUUUACGUGACUUUGAGAGUUUCCCUUCACUUUCUGUAUUCUUCCAUGUUAUUUUUUAAUCAAGUUUGUCUUACAGUAAUCCGUGAUUUUCUCAAUUUCGAAAAUCUCUCCAUUCUUAGAAAAACUUUUAGUUUUUUUCCGUAGACUUUGACCUAUUUUAACUUUAAAGGAGACACAAAAAGAAGAUUGAAUAGCUGUCCAUCGAGAAAUUCCGAACUCGUAUACACACUGCUUUCUCCCCAACGGCCAUCUCAUUUUGUGUCCCCAACCCCCUCCACUCGUUCCCCAAACGCCUUUUGCGUCCAUUUUUCUUUCCUUAACCCAUUCAAUUUUCUUAUAGAUGUACCAUUUCCUCAUUCGUCACUUCUUUAUUUUCGUCUCUCAAUGUGCCUUAAAACAUCGGUCGACCGCCGUGUAUUUUUAGUAGCGAAUAUAUAUUUGUCUGGUCUGCCUUCGGGGCUGCGUGUAUGUAUGACAGAGUGGACAUUAAGGCUAUAUUUGAGUGGGCAAUGGGGCGCGUCCUCUUUUUCCCUCUCGGCGUUGAAGCGUAUUUGGCCCUCUAUAUGUGGGCCGAAGGGUCUAGGCCCUUCACAGC